AUGGCGGCACCAUCAGAAAUCUUGGGAAUGAUAUUCAGCCAUUUCGUCGAGCCGUUUGGGCAGCGAUCAGAUGCUUCCGAGGCAACAAUUCAAGAGGAUGUUCUUAACCGUGGGACCUUGGCAUCACUUUGCCGUGUCUCCAAGUCAUACAGUGAUGUGGCGACUGGCUUGUUAUACAGCCAAGUACGAUUAUUCGACGGCGACAUUCGUUCUUUCACUCGCACAAUCCUGCAGGACCAGUCUAAGACAAAGGGAAAGCUGGUUAAACGACUAAGCCUCGAGUUUGAACUAGCCGGCAGGUGGGAACCGGAGACUAUUGACCCAGAAAGGCGCGCCCAUGUGCCCGCAGCCCGAGAAGAACAGUGGGAUUAUGCCCGUUGCAGGGACGAGGCACUUUCUGUUGUCGGACUAGAAAAUGCGGUGACAUCUGCGACCUAUGGUUGGGAUUGUGAUGCCUCUGCGUUGGAGAAACUUGAUCUUGAGGACAAGUUCGAAGAGGACCUGGCAGCAGUUCUGCUGUUUCUUUUACCAGAGCUUCAAUCUUUGCGAAUCAAACUCGAUCCUAUGACUGGGGAUUCGGAUGACCAACAGGCUGCUGGGUACUGGAGAUGCGCUAUGUUACUGCAGACUCUAAGGCUGCCUUAUUGGUAUUACUAUAUGAAUUCUGGACAGCACUCUGGUGAUCAUGGGACUGAGAAACAUGUCAAAGAUCUGGUUCCGGCGUCGCUCUUGAACCUCGAGCAACUCAUCAUGUGUAAUCCAUAUGAAGAGCCCGGUACCAUCAAAUCCUCAUAUCCACCUAUAUUAUGGUGCUAUCUCGAACAGCUUCACCCGUUGUGGGCGCUCCCAAAUUUGAAAUCUUUGACACUCGAACGCGCCUCGUGGGGUUACGAGCCUGCCUCGCUCGACCAACCGAUAUCCUCCCAGGAAUAUUUUACAAAGUCCACUUCAUUGGAACACCUCGAGAUCCUGGACACGGCAAUUGCACCGAAAAUACUGCCAAGCCUUCUAGAAUGCUUCUCUUCGCUUCGUUCUAUUACGUAUGAGCUAGCAGACCGAUACAGCCUAUUGAGUCCAGACGUUGGCGAAAGACUAAUGACAGCUGAUAUGCGCGAUUCGCACGGGAUACGGCAAACUAUCAGACGUUGCAAACCCAACUUGGCGAGUAUUCACGUCAAAGCGGUCAAUAAAAAGGGAUGA